UAUAUAAAACAGCCGCUUAGAGCUGCUGUUGUUAGUACAAAUUAGAAAACCAAAGGAACUUGGCAUGGAGGAUUGUGAAAUUAUUGGAAUGAUAUUUGAAAUCAUUGGGGACAUGCUGUUCGGCUCUAACAGCUCUUCUGAUGACGAUUAUGACUCUUCGACCUAAAAAGCGUUUGUCAAGGUCGCUAAAUAUUAAAACAGCCGAAUAAUUAAUACAAAAAAUUAACCACCUAACCAAAUGAUAUAUAUACAACAAUAUAUGUAAAAAGAAACAAAGUUAAAUCAAGCAUUAUGGACUGCUGUGAGCUGCCGGAAACAUUUUUAAGCUUCCCUAACGACCUUUUCUUCUCGGACAUAACUGAUGAGGAAUACUUUGGUGAUUACUACGACAACUAAAAUUGAAAUAAUCCGAUGAUCGCAAAGCAAAUAAAUAAAUUUGAUAUGAG